GGCGGCCUUUGGUGCCCGCCCCCUUAGCUUCGUCUCUUCCGGUUACUGGUAAUGACUUGCGAUGGCGGCGGCGGUGGUGGCACCUCACAGAUUCCGCGACCUGUUGACCCGGCGAUUGACAGGCCUUAACAGCCUGGGUCUCAGCCCUAGCCUUCAUCUCAUGGGCUCCUCUGCACAAGAUGAGGCCUCCAGAGCAGCUCUCAAUGAAGCCCCAGACCACAGCUAUGAGUCCCUUCGGGUGACUGCUCCCCAGAAACACAUUCUGCAUGUGCAAUUAAACCGGCCAGAGAAGAGAAAUGCCAUGAACAAGGCUUUCUGGAGGGAGAUGGUGGUUUGUUUCAACAAGAUUGUGGACGACGAUGACUGUCGGGCCGUGGUGAUCUCUGGCGCAGGAAAAAUGUUCACUGCAGGGAUCGAUCUCGUGGACAUGGCUUCAGAACUCUUUAAACCGCAAGGAACUGAUGUGGCCCGCAACAGCUGGCAGCUCCGUAGCCUCAUCACCAGAUACCAAGAGACUUUCAGUGUCAUUGAGAAGUGCCCUAAGCCAGUGAUUGCUGCCACCCACGGGGGCUGCAUUGGUGGAGGCGUGGAUCUCAUCACUGCCUGUGACAUCCGGUACUGUGCCCAGGAUGCCUUCUUCCAGGUGAAGGAGGUGGACGUGGGUUUGGCAGCAGAUGUAGGAACCCUGCAGCGACUGCCCAGAGUCAUCGGGAACCAGAGCCUGGUCAACGAGCUGGCCUUCACUGCCCGCAAGAUGAUGGCUGACGAGGCCCUGAACAGUGGGUUGGUCAGUCGGGUCUUCCCGGACAAGGAGGUCAUGCUUGACGCAGCCUUCGCCCUGGCAUCUGAGAUUUCCAGCAGGAGCCCCGUGGCGGUGCAGGGCACCAAAAUCAACCUGAUCUACUCCCGCGACCAUUCCGUGACAGACGGCCUCAACUUCAUGAAAUCCUGGAACAUGAGCAUGCUGCAAACAGAGGACGUCAUUAAAUCUGUACAGGCCUUAGUGGAGAAGAAGGACCUGAAGACCGUCACCUUCUCCAAGCUCUGAGAGGCCUCUCGUCCCAGGUCUUCACCCAGGGUCUGACCUCGUGCCACUGUUUCCUCAUUCACGGAGAGGAUUAGUGAACAUGGUCACCUCGCUGUUUUCUCCUCCUAGUUUAUAACUUAAUGAUAUUGAUUUCCUCCCACCUUGUCUUCACCGCACUAGCAAUAAAUCAAUGUUAAGAA